AUGGAGGGCCAUUUUCCGACUAAACUGGCAUUUUUUGCGGCUCUUGACCGGCUGGAUGAUUUGGACCAAGAUGAAGAGGAUCAGAGCUGGGAGAGUCUCUUGAUGUUAGAAAACAAAGAAGUCGACAAACCUAAUACAAACAAAGUCGCAUUUUCUUCGGAACGUAUGCCACUUCCUCGAGCGAAUCCGGACCCUUCCUAUUCGCGUGAGACUGGAAGAGCGAGAAGCCCGGUCGCUGUCUCCAAGCUGACUUCUGCCAACCGCCCUCGGACGACUGGCACCAUGUCUACUAUCAAGAGCGGAGGACCUCCUCAAAAGAAAAGAAGGACCAAUAGUGCUAAGAUAGUCCCAGAUGACCAGCAGAUCUUCAAGGGUUUAGUUUUCUUCUUCUUCCCAAACAACGAUGUAUCUCCCUUCCGACGAUUGCGCAUUCAACGAGCACAGGAUUAUGGUGCACGAUGGAGUCGAGAAUGGGGCACUGAUGUCAGUCAUGUCAUUAUUGACAAAGGCUUGCUUUCAAGCGAUCUCCUUACCUACCUCAAACUCGAAGCUUUGCCAACGAGUGUUGCGCUUGUUAAUGAAACCUACCCAUCCGAAUGUAUCCAGUUUCGUUCAGUUCUUGAUACCUCACAGCUCCGCUUUCGUGUCAAUGGGACACCCACAGCCACAAAGAAGUCUUCAAUGGCAGAGCCACCUGAUUCCCUUCCAUUGAAACCAACUCGGCGGGAGAAAAACCAGUCACCAGAACGUUGUUUGUCUCCAAUCAAGAAGCCGACGCCAAAUCCCUUGUCAAAAGACUUCACAGACCCCGUGCCCGAAAGUGUGUCCCACGCCGUGACCUCCGAACCGGUCCAUGGAACUGCAACCGAUGAGGCGUGUAAAAAUGGAAACUGGGAGCGAGAUGCACUGGAUGAUAUAAUGGAUGAGGCCAAGGCCACAAGUCAUCUGCCUCUAGAUCCAUUUGACUUUCCCAUUGACGAAUUUGCUGCUGAUGCCUCCGACAUCGAAACCUCGAGCUCAGGGGAGGAGUCGAUUUGGAAGACGCGAAAAACAUCCGUAGGAGAAGGCAAAGGCAAAAACAAACCUGACUGGACCAAAGGUUUCGCAUGUAUGCAGAAGUUCGAUCCGGACAGGAAAUUUGACAAUCCGAACAAUAGGACCAUCGAGGUACUUCAGCAAAUGCUGGAAUACUAUACCCAGACUGCAGACCAGUGGCGGGUUAUGGCCUACCGCAAAGCCAUCACCGCAUUGCGAAAUCAACCAGACAAGAUUACCACACGAGCACAGGCUCGAGCCAUCCCUGGUGUUGGAGAACGGCUGGCUGACAAGAUUGAAGAAAUCGUCUUGACUAACCGCCUUCGUCGCCUCGAAAAUACGAACAAAACCCCAGAAGAUUUGCUAAUCCAAGAAUUCCUCGGCGUCUAUGGUGCUGGUCUUCCCCAAGCCUCCAAAUGGGUCGCGCAGGGCUACAGAUCUCUGAAGGAUUUAUUGGAAAGAGCUACAUUGACUAAGCAGCAGCGUAUCGGGGUGGAACGCCACAGCGACUUCGCGCAACGAAUCCCCCGCAAGGAGGUUGAAACCCACGGGGCAAUCGUGCGAAAGGCGGUGCAGGCCGUGGAUAGGGAUAUGCAGGUGAUAAUAGCGGGCUCUUACCGCCGCGGGGCACUCACCUGCGGGGACGUGGACUGUCUAAUCACCAAACCCGGUGCCUCGCUGGAGCAAAUCCGGACCAUCAUGCUUGGUCUUGUUGUCCCCAAAUUGUUCAGCAGUGGCUUUCUGAAGGCCAGCCUUGCCAUCUCGUCGCACCAAGAUGGAUCUAAGUGGCACGGUGCAUCGGCUCUACCUGGCACCACCCUGUGGCGUCGGUUAGAUUUGCUGUUCGUUCCUGACGCGGAGAUCGGAGCGGCGUUGAUAUACUUUACCGGGAAUGAUAUAUUCAACCGUAGUAUGAGAUUGCUUGCACGCAAGAAAGGCAUGUGCUUGAACCAAAAGGGUCUUUACGCGGAUGUGCUUCGGAACCAGCAGGUGAAACUGAAUGGAGGCCGACUGGUUGAGGGCCGGGAUGAACGCCGAAUUUUUGCUGUGUUGGGCGUGCCCUGGCGGCCUCCCGAGCACCGGAUCGGUUGA